UCUUCUAGAAUUGAUUUCUCAGUUCCUUGCAAGCCUUUAAUUAAUCAGCAGACCUUCAACUCACACCUGCAACCUGUUAACUAAUCAGCUGUUCCAUUAAAAUCUCACCAUCAACUUGCCGCCCACGUUCAUUUAGAUCCAAUCGACACACAAAUACCACCACAACUGGCUGUUUUUAAAAAACGACCUAGUUAUGCAAACAUACUUUCCCCCCAAAAAAAAUUAACACAAGAACAAGUCCGUGGACCCGAGAACGAUUGACACGUAUAUCAGCUCUAUUUGUGGGAAACUGAAAAAAAAAAAUCCUUCCUCUCUCUUAGAAAGUUUUACUGCUCGGAUUAGCGGCUCCUUUCUCCUCCAAUCAGCUGUCAGCUUCUCUCUCCUCCAAUCAGCUGUCAGCUUCUCUCUCCUCCAAUCAGCUGUCAGCUUCUCUCUCCUCCAAUCAGCUGUCAGCUCCUCUCUCCUCCAAUCAGCUGUCAGCUCCUCUCUCCUCCAAUCAGCUGGCCCUCUCACUCUGUCGUACGAUGCUCGGAUCACGGUGGCUUGUUUUCAUCGUUCCGUCCAGCGGCUCUGUGCUCCACUCCGCUGGUGAGGAAGGAGCAAAGGAAUCCUGGGGAACAACAACAGUAUUAAUGAUGGACCGCGCGCCGCCAGGCUGUCCUGCAUCCCAUCCGUGAUCGAUGCUCGUCCCUGCGAGGCUCGGCGCGGACGCUGCGUGGAGGAGGAGGAGGAGCGGCUUUGUCGGAGGAGCGACGGGGCCGCGCAGCCUCUCUCUCCUCUAAAUAAACGGCGUCACAUGCCGCUUGGAAGGGCUGCAUCGCGUCAGCUGAGAGCCGCAUCCCGCAGGGUUUGGAGCAGCGCCGGAGAGCAACAUGCCCGUUUUCUAACGCGCCUGUGCCAUUUUCUCUUGAAUCAACCUGGUCAGCCUCACUCUGAAGACUCCUGCAGCCAUGGGUGAGGAAAGCCGCCUCUCUCACCAGAUCGGGAGCGUGGAGAGGAGCGUGGCGUUCCUCAGGCAGGAGCACCUAACUCUGCUCCACGGCCUCCGCCUGGAGAUCCUCUCCCUGCAGAAACGCUGCUCAGAGCUGACGAGUGAGAGGGAAUCGAAUCCUCCAGGCAGGACGCAGAUAGAAUUACUGGAGGAAGAGGAGAUGCUGGAGGCCCGGUGCAAGGAGCUGGAAACGCGUCUGGACGAGCAGGAGUACACUCUGGGAGAGCUCCGGAAGGAGCUGGGUCACAAAGGAGCGCUGGUGGGAGCCCUCAGAGCCAAUCUCAAGGAAAAGGAGCGUCACUUCCUGGAGGAACUGAAGCGGCGCAGCCACUGUUCCACCGUCCUGAACACAGAGCUUCAGAAGCAGACGGAGGCGGCAGCGUACCUCUCCUUCCAGCUGCACGCUGCCAAGCAGAAGCUGCACCACCAGAGGAUGCAGCAGAGGCAGGGACUCCUGGCCAGAGCCGGCGGCCAGGUGGUCCAGCUCGGAGCCGAGCAGAACUCCCCCCUCGCCGGAGCCUCCCCGUCCUCUCCUGUGGUCAAACCCAAGCGUAAGAACAUCAGGGUGUCUUCCAGAGUGGAGCGCUCUCGGGAGUGCGUCCCCAUAGAGAAGGUGCUGGGCCCCGCGGAGCCCACCGCCAUGCCGGACCCAGCGCUGUUCCUGCAGCCUCGCAGGCACAGAGCACGCUCCAGACACACUGUGGCACAAAGACAGCCGCCUCUGGGCCUGGAGAGGGACGACCAGGAGGAAGGAGGCGGGGAGGGAGCAGCCCGACUGAUGUCUUCAGCAGCAGCGCCCCCUGCUGCUCAGACCAACGCAGAUUAGCGACUGAGCAUAUCUGCUUUUACCUACAGUGCAAUCGCUGUUUGCUAUCUUCCAUCAGACUGUUAAAACUUUUGCUCUGCACCUUGACUGAAUUAUUACCGAGACUGGUUUUAGCUAUUUAAUUACUUACACCUACUGCUAAUACUUUUCUAAUAAUCUUUAAUAUAAUCCUAAAAGAACUUGCAUAGCAAAUGUCAGUGACUGUCGUGACUUAGGUUUACACUCAGAUGCUCUGUGGACUGCAGAGCCUUCAUUUUAAAGCUUUGAUUUGUAAAGACGGAGAGUUUGACCUUGGCCCAGUCAGCUGGGAUCUUCCAAGGCCAAAUAUAAAUCAGGCUGCGUGUCCAAGUGUUUGUGUCCUCCGACUGAGUCGCAGCUGAAAAUACCUGAGUGGGAGCAGAGCGUGUGCGUGUGUUUCAAUCACAGUGAGCAGAACACAGCACCUGGAAAAUGACAGUUUGUAAUCAUUUUAGAAACUGAGGCCUUUUUAGCAGACUACUGCACAUUCAGAUUUACAACUCUGUUGUCCCAAAUACCAUUUACUUAAAAUAGUUCAGAAGUAAAGUGUUUAAGCUGAAAAACAUUCGCAUAUCCUUGCAACAGUACGUUUCAUGUCGGAGGCGAAGGGCAUAUAUCAAAUUCUUUUCCACUUUUUCUUCUCAGUUCUGUUCAGGCUUGUAGCUCAGGACACCUGUGUUAAAUUUACAAGUCCAAAGUAAGGAAAUAAAUGCAUAAAAAAGUCAAAAAGUAUUAUAUAAAGCAAUGUCAACCCAAGAUAGAAGCAAAUAUAGUAAAAAUUUCAGGUGUUCAAGUGGAGAUUAAUGUCUAUUUUUUCAUAAAGGAGGAAGACAAAUGUUUAAAUAAUGAGCUCAACAGUCUAAAACACAGCAGAAGUGAAUGGAAACAGCUGAAAGUCUCACUUUUCUCCAAAGAAUCGCCUCAUGUUUAUCAACAGGCUAGUCUGGAGACUCUUUCUGCUGCUCCUCUCAAAUAUCUGGAGUUUUCUCUCAACAUAGAAACUCAUCUGAGUUUCAAAAGAAUCACUUCAAACUUCUCAGGCGGUGUUCAAAGGGCUGGUAAAAUGCUAACAUAGAAUCCGUCAUCAAUUUGGCUCAGACACUGGGGAAAAAAAGGAGCUGCGGUUUCAGAUUGUUUUUUUUUUUUUUUUGUACCAGCAUUAAGACGGAUAAAAAGUUAAAACCACUGAAUUUCCUGUAUCUCGUAUUAUUUUGAAACAUAUCUAUAGCGUGUUAGACUUGCUUUGGGUGAAUUGAGUUUUCUUGAGUUUUUCUUCCGGUUUUUCAUCCGCAGACAAAUAAUCCUUUGAAGAAAACGAAACUUUAGAAAACAAGAAGAAUCAGAUGUAGUACCAAUCUAUGCAAACAUCAACACGCGCCAAAAUGUACAUUUAAAAUAAGAAAAGUUACUCUUCCAUCUUUAAUAAUAUUUUUUUUGCUAUGGAAGAUACUCCAGUGGUCAAGAUUAAAAGCUGAUCUUGUGCCUCAGUGCCUGUCUUGAUGAUCUUCAGGGUUUUUCUUUGGGUGAAGACUUUACAGAACAAGGCCACAUUCAGGUAACACUCAGCUGUGACUCGUUGGAUCGUGAGAUUUGGGUCAGUUUUCCCCUUCGCCAUAUUGCCACGGUCACCCAGACUCAGAGGUGCCCUCCAAGGGAUAAUAACCAUCACAUAUUUUAUGAAUAUACAUUUUUAAAAACAGAACUUUUAAGCAUAUUUUUGUCAUUAAUUUUUUGGAGUUCGUCAAGAUUGUUUGCAAACCCCUUUGAAAAAUUUUGCCCAAAAUCCUUGAAUUUUGGUAUCCAUUCACAAAUCAUUUGGUACCAACGCCCUUAGCUAAAGGUAUUUAAUUGAAUAGGUGUUAAAUCAUAAAAAUAUUCGGUAACACUUUAUUUGAAGGGGCGUGCAUAAGACUUGACAUGAUAUUGUCAAACAUGACAUAUCGGUCAUGAACAAGGAGUCUUCAUGAAUGUUUGUGAAUGUUGUCAUUUGGAAAAUAAUGACACUUUUAAUGCAAAGUUGGCUAUUUUAAUGAACUUUUACUGCAAAUUGUAAUAGAACUUUAAAUUAAAAUGUCAUUAAAAGUCCAUUACACUUUUGAUGGACAUUUAAUGCAACUUUUAGUGCAACUUUGCCUUAAAAGUGUCAUUAUUUACCGAAUGACGCGUCACGACAACGGCUGUAAACGUCCAUAAAAACUUGUUUGUGUUCAUGACGCGUGUUAUGUCAUGUAUGUGACAGCGCCAUGUAACGCUUCAAGUAAAGUGUUAAAAUAUUCAAAGCUAAAUUUGAUCUUUUUGUGCACGUCUUUGUAUUACAGCAAAUUUCCAUGGACUGUGGUUCUGAUUUCCAUUUGAUCCAGUCAAAUAAGAGCAAUCCUAUGAUUAUGACCAAUAAUCUAACAGAAAAAAGUCUGUGCGACCUUUGUUUAUAUGACUCUGUUGUUCAUUGAAGUCAUAUAAACAAACAGGCGACAUGAACAGAACCGCUUUAAAUCAUUAACCGAACCAAACAACCUGCAUGAAACGGCGAAGGGGCGAAGUGACCAGCACCCAAGUCUUCCUCAGGUGCGGUUUGUCUGCUGAGCUGCGACCUCAUUUGUUGUUGUGUUGGAGUUUCUUUUGACCUCAGGAGAACAAACAAACAAAAGAGUUUCGUCUUUAAGGAGUCUGUACAUUUUAAAGGCUGGUUUACUCGUUUGUGUCUCUUUGCUGUUAGAAAUCGUCACAAAGACAGGGAAUAUAUCCAGAAAGACGGGAAUCAUCUCUGUCUGCAAAUGAGACGGUGGUGUUACACCACUAAAAUAUAAAUGAAAUUCAAACUUUAUUUUUUAUGUCUUUUAGGAUUUUUUUUUCUUUUCUGCUGACUGUAAGAAGGCAAUCUUUAAAAAGUAACUCCUCCUCUGUAACUGCAGCCUUAUAGCAGAGGAUUUUGUGCACGAUGAAAUUAGCAGGGCAGGAUGGAAACGAGACAUUUCUUCUCUCAGUUCGGGAUUUAUUAAUAUAUAUCAUUUUACUGUGUGUAAUUCUCAGUGUUAUGCUCUGAAUUGUCUGUAUUAUUAACAUCAAAUGUGAUUUUGCUGCUGUUCUGAUUUGCUUCCUUCCUAAACUCCAAGUUAAACGUUCAGCACGACGUUUCACACAUAUACAAGGACAUGUAAAUAGAUGAUGAAUUAUUUGUAUUUAUAUUUAAGGUUACAUAUUCUAAAAAGAGCUAAAGAGGAAUUACCUUUAUAUUUUGUAAUAACCUAACCUGAGUUUGGUUUGUAAUUUUGUCUGGUAGAUUUGUGUUUUCCUUAAGCAAAUAGGAAUAUUAUUUUGUCUCUUUAUGGACUGUCUUAGGUAAAAUGAAUUAUUUUGUUAACUAUCUUAGCCCGUUCUCUGGUUAUUAUGUUGUUUUCCCACAACAGCUGUUGCACUGCAAAUAGAAUAAGCGGAUGUUAGACUGUUAGUCUCCCUCACUGCAAUAUUUUUCAUCUACAUCUUCUAGUUUGGCACAAAUUAAUUUUUAUUUUAAUAUUCCAGGUGCAGUGACUCAUCCAAGCCUGGAUUGAUCAUUUCCAACUUUUCGCAACAUAUUAAGAGAAAUCUCAGCUGACUGAAGGAUAAAAAAACUAUAAUUAUUGAAAGAUUUACUCGAAGCAGCAACGCCUCUAUACUUUCUCCUCGUUUAGGUCUGAAGUAGAUUUUUCUGGACUGUAUUUAUUCACCUCCAUCGAGCCUCUUCUUGGACAUGUUUUCUUGUUUAUUUCUAGCAAUAAUGCCGUGUGGGACUCGACUGGGCAUGAAGAAAGGCGUCCUGGUUUGGCCUGUGGCUGAGCAUGAGAUGCUGAUUACCGCAUAUACUGUGCUGGCAACCUACAGUGAAACUGUACCAAAAAUGGAUUAAAAUGGGGGACUGCUGAGUGUGCUGAUUACUUUGUUGUUGAAAGUUAAUCUGAGGCAAUUAAAAAGACAUUUUGCAAGUGUAUUGAAGAA